ACGCAAAGAGACAAAAUUGCCUUGGGGAAUAAACCUCAGAAUGACUCUAUGGCUAUGAGCUUGUAGCAGCUCUGUAUAUAAGCAGGGGCUCAACCUGCUUAAUUUAGACAUGUCAACAAGAUCUAACUUUAGCAAUAAGGUACUCGCAGCAUCCUCCUCACACUCUCAUCGAUGUGGCUGCCUGCUGUACAAGGCUCUGCUCACUACUGAGUCUACGACUUCUGCUGCAUCGACAUCAAUCCACAAACUUCAAUCAAUGGUUCUGCCCAUAACACUAGCACUUCUCGGGGUCACCAAAAACAACAAUCACUAAAGAGCUAUGAAAAGUGAGUUAAAUGGGACAGAUCGAGCAGCCUUUCUCUACAUGCUGGAAACAUUCACGGAUUUUGGCUCAAAAGCUGUCAACCUUGCAUGGCCUUAUUAUUGGGGUUAGGAUGACCUCUUUUCUACAAGUUAGGUCCUCCGAAGGUCACCAGCAGUGCUGUUGAUACAUGAGAAGUUUUCUUCCGAUCCUUCCCAUGGACGCUUCUACUUUGCUUUAAUAAUAAUUUUUAUUGUAUUUUUAACAGCGUGAUAUCAUAUACUGUGAUAACUACCUGUAGUUAGUUACCAAGCCUGGGGCCACUGGUCAGGAAUGAUCUUGCCCUACAUGUACAGCAAUCCUGAACCCUGUACGUAAGCAGGGGUUCUGCCCGGUGACUUCAGACUCAUUGAUGAGGUCUCAAUAUUCACUUGGAGCAAGCUGACCACACCAGCUCAACUGCAAGGGUACUUGCAGUAUCAGUUUUCUCUCUCACCCUCUCUCUCAUUCUCAACAGCCGACUUGGUUAUUUUCAAUGACACCAAAAAGUCCUUUGAUAAAGUAUGGCACCCAGGUCUCCUAAGUAAAGUAAAACCAUAUAUUUCUGAUACCAUGUACCGCAUACUCCAGUCCUACCUCACAGGUCGCACCUAUUCUGUAUGACAGGGUGAAGCUUACUUCCUAACCCUUGGAAUGAUAUCUGUAAUACCCGAAGGUAGCGUGCUGGGCCAUUUCUUUAUAUACUUUUUUCGAGUGGCUUCCCAACCAACCCAGCUCUAAAAAUAGUUCACUUUGCAGACGAUGUUGCUGUACUAUCUAAAUACCACACCAGCCAGGAAGCCCGUACAGAGCUGCAGAACUCCGCGGAUGACAUGAGCGGAUGGUGCAGAAAAUAGAGGAUAAAAGUUAAUCCAAACAAGUCGCAUACUGUACAAUUCACUUAAUGCCGCAAUAUGACAAACGAAGACAUCCAACUACAGGGAGAACCCGUAUCACUUGCAUUAUCUGUUCGCUAUCUCGGCCUACAACAAGAUCAUAAAUUAGUAUGGGAUGUGCACAUUAAAAAUGCUGUAACACGGAUGAACUCCUGAAAACAUCUCCUGACCAGCGAAAAUAUACCCCUGCAUAUCAAAUGUGUGGUGACCCACCACCUUCUCAACGAAAGCGGCACCUAACGAAAUGACCAACAAUUAGAUUUGCCAGAAGGUUCGCCGAUGGAUUGUGCCACACAUUACCAGUUCAAUUAAGGAUUGUUUGUUUUCUGUUGUAAUCAAAUUAUAAAUAAGAAUAUAAUAGUGGUUAGUAACAAUGUAAAUUAAUUUUAAUUGUCAGCAGAUUGUAAAUAGAGACAUAAACGAACUGUAUAAAACUUUUGAAUAAAGAAAAACUAUAAUCCAAGGUAGCUACUUCCCGCUCCUCCAAAAUCAUACCUCCCAAAUACCUCUGGCUACCAAGGAUCAAGGAAGACAGUUUUUCUAAAAACUAAAAAAGCCAUUCACUAAUUUAUAUCCACCGAAAGAAGAGACUUGUCCAUCGGACUGGCGUAAGAAUUCGGCUCAACCUAAUCAGCUUGCGAUACAUCUUCUCAGAGCCAUGCUUGAGUUACUCAAGGAACUAGGGUUUCCACUUUGAAGACUAGAAAGGACCCCCCACGGGUUGUACGAGCUCACUUCUCCGAGGUGCCCGGUACAGUAGGACAGGUGGAAGCUCUGCCUCACACUCAACUGUCCUUUUUUAGGGCCAAAAGCCUCCUCGCCGGCUUUACAGGGCCUACCACUUAGGACACUGCCUGAAAGGGGUAUUGUGUCGUAGAGCUCACGGUUGCGGGCUUCCCGGUAGGGCAGAACAACUACAACAAACUUCCUGGGUACGAUACCGGCCCUCGCGACUCGGAAGGACCCCAACAACUGAUGACCCCUCGACGUGGACACGCAUCAUGGAUGAAGCUAACACCAACAAUCAGCCUCACGAACAAUCACAGAUGGUAUCCGCCGUGGUUCCGGUACUACGCAUACCGCCCUUCUGGAGGAGCGACCCUGCCUUAUGGUUCAUCCAGACAGAAGCCGUCUUCGCUACUUCGAGAAUUGUAUCAAGUUCUGCUAAAUAUCUGCUGGUGGUCGUCAAUCUCGAAUUGGCACAACUGCAUCAAGUGACUGAUAUCCUGUGGAAUCCUAGCAAGACACCGUACGAAGACUUGAACGCUCGCUUACUUAACACUUUCGAGGAAAGUGAAAGUGUUAAAGUUAAGCGGCUCCUUGAACAGACUACUCUCGGAGACGAACGACCGCCAGACUUCCUUCGUUCUAUGAGACAAAAAGCUGGGAGCCUUGUCUCGGAGGAACUUCUACGGAACCUGUGGCUAUGAGCUCUUCCCAAAAGGAUGCAAGAGAUCCUCGCGACUGUAGACGUCGCAGACCUCGACAAAUUAUCUAUAACGGCAUAUAAGAUAGCCGAAGUCGAGGCUGCGAACAUUUACGCCGUCGAGAGUUUAACAUCAUCAACAACA